AAGCCCGAAGCACAGACAAGUCAGGAUGGCUGCAGGACCAGCCCCGAAAGGGAGAGGAAAACCCCGCUGAGGUUGGGCAGGAUGCACGGAGAGUGUUAACUGAGCUUCAAUCCCUGCUGUUACCAGUUUCAAGUGACAAAGGACAACAGAAGGUUUCCACAUUUUUCAAAAGAGGUGGCACCAAGAAGAAAGAUGCUCCCCAGAGCUGGCAGCCCCAUGUUUAAGCUGCGACCGCUGCAGAUGGACCUGAGGCCAGGCCAGACUGUGGAGAUGGUGCUCGAAGGCUGCUCCAGCACUGCUCAGCAACCCAGUGCUCUCCUGACUCUUCAGUCCAAGCCUCUGUCUUUAAAAAACAUCUGCUCCCUUCCACUCAGCAUUGUACUGGACUUGGAGCACCUGUUCCUAAUCUGUGAUGUGAACCAGCAGCCCCUCCCUGCAGACUCCAAGCCCAUGGUGCUGGAUGUAGGGGAGGAACUUCAUUUCUGCAUCCAGUUUAACCCAGCUUAUGAGAACGAUUUGAACAGCCGGGUAGCAGAGAGGGCACUCAGAGUGUCCUUCAUGGAGCAUCCUCAUGAGGAGCACAUCGCUGUUCGGGGAGAAGUCCACUUCCCAAAUCUCCGUCUCCAGGCCAAGGCCCUGGACUUUGGCUGUGUCAUGAAUGACACUAAACAAGUGCUGUACAUGGAGAUGACCAACUGCAGCCCACUUCCUGCCCUGUACCACUGGUCAUUCCAGACAGACAGCCAGGUGAACACCAUAAGCUUUACCUUCUCCUUCCGUGCCCCGUGGUGACCUGCUGCAGAAUCCCAUUUGGAGGGUGCGCUGGGCUGGGGCUGCGCUGCCUGCGCGGGAUGUGCCGCAUCAGCGUGGGCCGGUGGAGACACCUUCUGGGGGUCGGCAGAAGUGGUUAAGACGAGCGGGAAUGUUUCCUCUUAGCCUUUGCCCUAAGAAGAGGACAGACUGAGAACCUCUCUCUUUCCAUGGCUGGAAGCCUUCUGCUUGCCUGUCAGAUCCAACCAGGAGCAACCUGCUGCUCUCAGCUCUCAGCACUUGCCCCCAUGAAGACAUCUUAAAAUGGUGAGUAUCCGGAUCCUGGCCACAGAGACAGCUGGAACACAUCUCUCCUCCUUUGCUCUUUGUUACAGGGGUUAAUAGUCAUCUGUUUGCAGAGCUGUUUUUUGGAGUAGCUGGUAAGAUUGUAGUUGGUGCAGAUUGCUUUAAACAGCACUUCCAAAUUACAGCUGUCGGGGCUUGUUUAAUUUUGAACAAAGACCACAAAUUGUAUUUAUUGUUAGAGCCACUGAUUUGUUCAGAAGGGCCUUUGCCUUGAGUCUGAUAGAGAAGCAUUCUUCUGUCUCAUAGAGAAUCAGGAGCUCACCUGAUGCUUAUAAAUCCCUUGGCUGCUGUGCAAAGCAUGAGGAAGGAGAAGGCUUAAUGGCUUCUGUCAUCUGUAAAAUCGGUGCAAGUCAGAAUAACCACAGUAAAGUCAGUGGAGACUACUUCCAGGGCCAUAACUUGUCAAGAGAGGGAAGUAGAGCUGCCUAAGGAUGAUCUUUACAAGGACCUGCAGUGCCAGCCUGCAUUGCUGAUUGUGGCUGGCCCUGGUCCAGCUCACCUUGGAUCAAGUGACUGGGGAGCUUUAGUGCCUGCACCCCAAAAAAUUAGAUGAGCUACACCCCAUAGGAAUACUCUGGGAGAGGCAUGAGCCAUGUUGGAUGAAGCCUGAGGGGCCUCAGACCCUCCUCUGACUUUUCUUCUUGAGGGUGAUGGUACAGUUGUGGUCUGUGGGUUUCAGCAGGAGCUGAGGACUCUCCGUGAACUCAAAAAUCAGAUCUUGCAAACAUCUGUCCAUGGCUUGCUCCAAAGUGCCCUUUCAAUCUGCAUCUGAUUGCCUGGAGGAGAAAUUCAAAGUGCAUCGUACUCAACAAUCCGAGUUUUCUCAGCCUUUCCUCAUGGGAGAGGCGCUCCAUCCUUCUGAUCAACUUGGUGGCCUCCUCUGGACUCGCUCCAGAGGUGAAGAAGCAUCGUGUGGAGAGAGACAAUAAAUACACAGGUAAUGCAAGUGCUGUUCACCUGCGUGUUCAUUUCUCCCACUGUGCAAAUGCCUCCAGAGAAAUCCCUUCCCCGGGGCGAAGGACCAGGAUCUUGCUGUCUGUCCUGCUGAAACAGGACAGUCCCACCAGCCUCACCACUGCACCUUGGAGCAGCUUCAUCUGUGCCUCUGAAACCAGAGUCAAACAUUUUCUCUUUGUCACAAGUCUCAGCGUGCCCAUGGGAUGAGUGACCUGUGCAGAAGCAGCUGCCAAAACUCAGCUCCUGGGAGCUGAUCCCCAGCUCCACGUGCACCCCUUGGCAACACAGGCAGAAGACCACCAGCUCCAAGUUCUCCUUAACGCACCAGAUGAAUUUGUCUUCCGAGGGGCCAGUGGAAGUGGGGUCUGUCCAAAUGCCCCUGGACCUAUCCCUGCAAAAAGAAGCACAAAGAGCACUCCAUGAGCAGGAUGAGCAGUGCUUGGAUGCUUCUAAGGUGCCUGCCCUACCUGCCCAUGUCCUGCCUGCUUCUUGUUUGGUUUCAGCCUUGUGCUGGCAGGGUCCAAAAGGAACAUUUCUGCUUCGCCGUCAUGCUCAAACAAGAAAUGCACCUCUGCCUCCAAGAGGGAGAUGUUGAUGGUUAUCUUGUUGCAGCUGCUGAGACAGUUGUGUGUGUUUUACCUGUCCAUAAAAAGGGGAAAGGCUGCAGAGGAGACUGUUGCUUUUGGCACACGUCAAGGAAAGCACCGUGUAUUGGCAAUAGGAGGUGGCACUGGAAAACCACAGCCUAACAAACAGGAUCUGCUCAUGAAGGUGCUGUGAAUCAAGAAGGGCCAAACAAAAAGCUUGUUGGGAUUUGGUAAGACCCAGCUGGACACAGGUCUGCGGGUGGGAGAGUGGGUCACUGUGGCUGAGUGAUCCUGAACGCCCUCCCCACCCUUCCUGAGGCACUUCGUAAAGUAAGUGAGGGUGUUUUUAGAGAUGAUACUGUCUUUAAGCUAUAAGCACAAUGUCAAGGUGCUUGGCAUGAGAUGAUCUGGGAGGCAGUAGCUGCUGUUAGAGCAGAGCAGCACAGCAAAUGAGAAUGAUAGUUUAGCCUGUCUAAAUGACUUUGAAGACAGGGAAACAAACAUUAGGCAGCCAACUGGAAGCGUUUGAAAUGUGCAACAGCUGAGCUGGGGCUUUCCAAGGACAAAGGCUUAGAUGAAGCAGUUUCUGUGCCAGCAAGUCAGCACUCAUUAUUUCCUCUUUGUUUCUGUAAAAUGAGAUGAUCCUGGGUGAUUCCCUGGGGCGUAUUAAGCUGUUUUUUACUAAGGGAGUGACUGGAGCUGUUAUCCAAGAGAAGCCCAGUUCCUCUGUCCUGGGACCUGUGCAGUGGGGCUCUGACCUGGCCUUCCCCAACACUUUAGUAGCUGAAUUGGAAUGAGGGAAGUCAGCUUUCUGCCCUAAUAAGAAAUUCAUUUUUUAAUGUCCUUGGAAAUAAUCUUUACCGAUGAUCGUGUUGAUUUAUUUUUGUCUUCUUGCUUUUGUACUGUUUUCAUGCUGUGCUUGUGCUUGUUGCAUAUGUCUCAUAUCACUGCAGCCAGGGGAUUUGCCAUGUCUCAUCUGGUGCAUCAUUAUUUACCUGCUGUACUGCAUGAUUCAAUUAAGUGAAAGGAUUUUAAACUGUUAUUCUGGAAGGCUCUCUCUCUUUGAAGCAGAUUCCUCUUGUGAAUGGCCCUAAAUCAACUGGAAGGGAGAGGGUGAGGGGCGGCUCUGCUGUGGGGUACAGGAGCACCUGCCAGGGAAAACACAGUGGGUGUUUUGCUGCAUUGCUUGCCCAGUGGGAAAUGGGUUAGUGCCAGCUGAAAUUAUUUCUGUACCUCUUCUGCAGCCACAGAGAACUAAAGCCAAAAGCCUGACCUUCGCUAUCAGUGGAGAGGGGCAUCUGCCUUGGGUGAGGGUCCUGUGCCCGGGCCUUUGUAAUAGGAGAGGGGACCCUGUGCUGUGCUUCAAGAGGCACCCGCUGGGGGAUUCAGAGAAGCUCCCUCUGGUCCUUUGUAACGAUGGCAUCGUACCUGUCCAGGCUGGUGCGAGAGUUUGUGGCUCAGAACAACACAUCCCAGAUCAAACACGUGAUCCAGAUCCUGUCACAGGAGUUUGCGCUCUCCCAGCACCCCCACAGCCGGAAAGGGGGACUCAUUGGCCUCGCUGCUUGCUCCAUUGCCCUUGGCAAGGACUCUGGGCUGUACCUGAAAGAGCUGAUUGAGCCAGUGCUGACGUGUUUCAAUGAUGCUGACAGUCGACUGCGGUACUACGCCUGCGAGGCUCUCUAUAACAUUGUCAAGGUGGCCAGGGGCUCUGUCCUCCCGCACUUCAACGUGCUUUUCGAUGGCCUCAGCAAGCUGGCUGCUGAUCCUGACCCAAAUGUCAAAAGUGGCUCUGAGCUCCUCGAUCGGCUGCUCAAGGAUAUCGUGACAGAGAGCAACCAGUUCGACCUGGUAGGCUUCAUCCCGCUGCUGCGUGAGAGGAUUUACUCCAACAACCAGUACGCCCGCCAGUUCAUCAUAUCCUGGAUCCUGGUCUUAGAGUCUGUGCCUGAUAUCAACCUCUUGGAUUACCUGCCAGAAAUCCUAGAUGGACUCUUCCAGAUCCUGGGAGACAACAGCAAGGAGAUACGAAAAAUGUGCGAGGUGGCUCUUGGGGAAUUCCUCAAGGAGAUCAAGAAGAAUCCCUCCAGUGUGAAAUUUGCAGAAAUGGCCAAUAUCCUGGUGAUCCACUGCCAGGCAGCAGAUGAGCUGAUCCAGCUGACAGCCAUGUGCUGGAUGCGGGAGUUCAUCCAGCUGGCUGGCCGGGUGAUGCUGCCUUACUCCUCAGGGAUCCUGACCGCUGUCCUGCCAUGUCUCUCCUACGAUGAUCGCAAGAAGAACAUCAAGGAGGUGGCGAACGUGUGCAACCAGAGCCUGAUGAAGCUGGUCAUCCCAGAGGAUGAUGAAAUGGAUGAGGCCAAGCCAUCAAUGACUAUACCAGCAGAGCCCACCUCGGAGGAAUCCCUCUCCAAGCCAGAGGCAGUGACCACCGGUUCUCUGGAUGCAUCUGGUGACUCCAGCAACAGCGGAGUCUUCACAGUAACCAGCUGUGGGAGGAUCCAGGUGACCCUGAACCUGGAUGGAAUAGUUCAGGUGCUGGACUACCACCUUAGUGAUACAUCCAUUGGGAUGAUGACCAGAAUUGCAGUCCUGAAAUGGCUUUACCACUUGUACAUCAAGACUCCUCGUAAGAUGUUCCGACACACCGACAGCCUCUUCCCCAUCUUGCUGCGGACUCUCUCAGACGAGUCGGAUGAGGUUAUCCUGAAGGACCUGGAAUUGCUGGCUGAGAUCGCUUCUUCCCCAGCAGGACAGACAGAGGAGGGUCACGGUCCCUCCGAUGGCUCCGAUGCGCGACCUGGCCCAGUGGAGCUCCAUGUCCCAGCCAGGGCUGGCCAGCUGAGCUCCUCCAGUACAAAAGGCCUGGAGUGCUCACCCUCCACCCCCACCAUGAACUCCUACUUCUACAAGUUCAUGAUCAACCUGCUCAAGCGCUUCAGCAGUGAACGGAAACUCCUGGAGACCAGAGGAGCCUUCAUCAUCAGGCAGCUUUGUCUACUUCUGAAUGCAGAGAACAUCUUUCACUCCAUGGCAGACAUACUGCUUAGGGAGGAGGACCUCAAGUUCGCCUCUACCAUGGUCCACACCCUCAAUACCAUCCUGCUGACGUCCUCUGAGCUCUUCCAGCUGAGAAACCAACUGAAGGACCUGAAGACCCCGGAAAGCCGUAACCUCUUCUGCUGCCUCUACCGGUCCUGGUGUCACAACCCUGUGACAACCGUGUCCCUCUGCUUCCUUACCCAGAACUACAAGCAUGCCUACGACCUCAUCCAGAAAUUCGGGGAUCUGGAGGUCACCGUGGAUUUCCUCACCGAGGUGGACAAGCUGGUGCAGCUCAUCGAGUGCCCCAUAUUCACGUAUCUCCGCCUGCAGCUGCUGGAUGUGAAGAACAACCCCUACCUGAUCAAGGCUCUCUAUGGCCUGCUGAUGCUGCUGCCCCAGAGCAGCGCCUUCCAGCUCCUCUCCCACCGCCUCCAGUGCGUGCCCAACCCAGAGCUCAUGCAGACCGCGGACAACACCAAGCCCAGCACCAGCUUCAAGAGAACAGCAGCCUCCAACAUUGACUACACGGAGCUGCUGCAGCACUUUGAGAAGGUCCAAAACAAGCACCUGGAAGCAAGACACCAGCGAGCUGGGCAGGCAGAGCAGCUGGACCGGCGGGUGGUCCUCUGAGCAUCCCUGUGGCCGCCGCGGGUGUGCACAGUUGCUGGGGCAGGGACCAGGGGACACGGACCAGGGAACAGGCACACCGGUUGCUAGCCACCAGAGGAUCUGGUGGGUUUAAUGGAGAUGAUCAAGCGCUCAACAUGGGGCUGGUUUUGCCCCCCACUGUGCGUAUGGAUGACGGGAGACCUUCAGGCUGUGCCCAGCUUCUCCUGUGGGUGUUGUGGGGACAUGGGGAAGGGUUGCAGGAGGAGAGAGCCAGGGUAAAGCACCUCAUCUUCUCUUGCAAUGGGGCGAGGAAACUCCCCUUUGCUUUGCUAAUGCCUUCCCCGUGACUGUCAGCUGAGCACCCAGCCUGCUGCCAGCAGCACCGGAGGAGGGGAAGGGAAGACGGGAGCAACCCCUGGCCUUCUGCCCUGGAAAACAAGCAUACAGGGCUGCCAGCCACCUCUCACCACCCUGACUUCCACCCUCUGGUUCCGAGGCCCUGCUGGAGGUGGCCAGUGGCAUCUCACUCGGGGAGACACUCCUGUGCCUGACACUCGGCCCCCUCCCUGCAUUCACACAUCCUCUCUGAGUCCCCAGCUCUUGGCAGGGACAAUGGCACAGCUUCAACUCCCAGCUGGCACCGGGGGACACGGGGGGCAGUGGACCUAACCCCAGACUCCAUUCCAUGUUCCUGCAUUAAGCUCCCCCUGAUAAAAUAAACAGGCAAUGCAGAACAGCCCA